UUAAUUUUUGUAUCCGUACCUGGUGUUGAAUCCAUUGCGUUGUGUAACAGCCCGCAGUCCUAAAAGACAAGCCCAAAUGAAACAAAACGACACUUGUAAAAGUUUUAAGAAGAGACAAGAGGAGGCGUGCAGGGAGCAGAAGAGGGAAGUGGACUGUGUCUUAUGUGCGUUGAUAGCCAAUCACAUCAAUUACCUGAUGCAGGGAACCAAUCACAACCUAGAAUCAUCACCACGUGGUGGGAAGACGCUCCAUCACCAAAUAUUUGCAAGACGAAGUACUUUUUGGGUUUUAUCGUCGGCAAAAAAUACCUCAAAUUUCUUUUUGACAAGGAGACUGACUUGAUUAGAGGGUUCAAUUAGGAAAACAAUUGACUUUUUGUCUUAAUCGAUAAGUUUGAUUCAGAGAAUUAUUGAUUCAGCUCCUUAUCGAAAAGUACCACGUGUUAUUGAUUAAAUCCGUUUUCAUUAAUUACUUUCGUCACAGUAUGCUGGGCUGACUGUGUUCUAGCUUAUUUUCUUCUUUUUUUUUUUCCCUCUGAUGCGAUGUUCCAUCUGAGGUGAUGCUGUCUUAACGACCCACGGUGAACAAACUUUGAGGCACGUGGUCGAUCGAUACGCGCGCACGGAUCUCACAGGAAACCAGGCACGAGACCUGUCCCGUCCCCCGGAGUAACGGAGCACCGGGCACCGACAUGGAGUUUGAAGAGUCCGGUAUCGGGGAAGAGUGCGGUGUUUUCGGAUGCGUAGCCGCGGGAGAGUGGCCCACGCAGCUGGAGGUGGCCCAGGUUUUAACUCUGGGACUGGUGGCGUUACAGCACAGGGGACAAGAAAGUGCUGGGAUUGUCACAAGUAAUGGAGCCAGCCCCCCCACAUACACAGCCCACAAGGGAAUGGGAUUAGUGAGCACCGCUUUCCCACCCGAAGCUCUUCUGAAACUGCGCUACGGUAACCUUGGUAUUUGUCACACACGCUAUUCAACCACUGGGAUUUCAGAGCUGCAGAACUGCCAGCCCUUUGUGGUGGAUACACUGCAUGGCAAGAUUGCAGUGGCACACAAUGGGGAGCUGGUUAAUGCCCAAGCCCUGCGCAAAAAGGUAAUGCGUCAUGGUGUCGGCCUCUCCACCAGCUCAGACAGUGAACUGAUCACCCAGCUGCUGGCGCUGACCCCUCCCAUGGAAGAGCUGGGCGCACCAGACUGGGUUGCCAGAAUUAAAAAUCUGAUGACUGAGACCCCCACAUCAUAUUCACUGUUGGUGAUGUUUAAAGAUGUCAUCUAUGCUGUGCGUGACCCUUAUGGAAACCGGCCUCUCUGCCUUGGACGCCUCGUUCCCAUCUCUAAACUGCACAGUUCAGGUGCUGGAGAGGAGGACACCGAGGGGUGGGUGGUGUCAUCAGAGUCAUGCAGUUUUCAGUCUAUUGGUGCCAAGUAUUACAGAGAAGUUCUACCGGGAGAGAUAGUCCAAAUAUCAAAACACGGAGUCAAGUCUCUGAGCAUUGUCCCUCGUCCUGAAGGAGACCUCCCCGCCUUCUGCAUAUUUGAAUAUGUUUACUUUGCCAGACCAGACUCUAUUUUUGAGGGGCAGAUGGUCUAUACCGUCAGACAGCGCUGUGGUCAGCAGUUAGCCAUUGAGGCCCCGACAGAUGCAGAUGUAGUCAGCACUGUGCCAGAAUCUGCAACCCCUGCUGCCCUCGGCUACGCUCAGCAGUCUGGGUUGCCAUACAUAGAGGUUUUGUGCAAAAACCGUUAUGUUGGGAGAACAUUUAUUCAACCAAAUACCCGUCUGAGACAGCUGGGAGUUGCCAAGAAGUUUGGGGCACUGACGGACAACUUUGCCGGGAAACGAGUGGUACUAAUUGAUGAUUCCAUUGUCAGAGGGAACACAAUUUCCCCCAUUAUAAAACUACUAAAGGAAGCUGGUGCAACAGAGGUCCACAUCAGAGUGGCCUCUCCUCCGAUUAGGUUUCCUUGCUACAUGGGAAUCAAUAUUCCUACCAAGGAAGAGCUCAUCGCCAAUAAGCCAGAGUUUCAGGACAUUGCUGGAUACAUUGGUGCAGACAGUGUGCAGUACUUGACUGUGGAGGGCCUGGUGUCUGCUGUUCAGGAGGGAAUUGCUUCCCUUCAGGAGAAAGAAAACAUGAUCAACAAUAGGAACAAGUCCAGCAGCAGAGUGGGCCACUGCACCGCCUGUCUGACAGGGAAAUAUCCAGUGGAGCUGGAGUGGUAGUUGCACCAACCAUUAAAAUUUACAGCUGCAGCAGUCUGGAGGAUUACAUGCAAACUGCUGUAUUCUUGCACAGCGUGGUACCUGCUAAUGAAAUGUUGUUUGGGGGAGGUGGGGCUGCCAACUCAACACUGCUCUCUGACACACUAAGUACAUAUAAAACUGCUGCAUGUUUUGUCUCCAGAUUAUUGUUCUCUUCAGAUCCUCAAAGAGCAGUUGAAAAUGUUGCCUUUGCUGACCUCCAAUGGCUGGACUGUACUGUAACCCAGUUGCCAUGUCACACAUUAUAUCUUGAUGUCACUUAUAAGUACAUUUUUGACUUACACAAGUCUUUUCUUUUUGUUACAUUCCUUUUAAAGGUUGUCUUGUACAUGAGCUUUCAGAAACUAGAUGAACAUGUUAAUAUUCCAGUCCUUAAUGAAAGCAGUAGGUAGAAUUUGCUGUCAGAAAAUCGCACAAACCUUGACCAAAAAGUAAAAUUCUUUAUUUUUCUGUACUUUUCUACAUAUGCCUAAAAUUAACUUUUUUCUCUGGCUGAGUCUAUGUUGAAUAUUUUGUUUCCUUAACUAUGAGCAUUAUAUAUGGAAUAUACUGGAAUUGAAAACAUGUAAUAAAAUAGAAUGAUUAAAUUGUCU